UUCUAGUGCUGGGAUUCCUCUUGCUGUCAGGCAGAUCUUCUGAACUUUGCUCUGUUAUGUCUAAAAGCUGAUUGUGAUCAAACACUUCUCUUUAUUUCCUCCUUUACCUUGGUUGCAACAUUUCAGCAUAAAAACAAUGGAUUUGAUAAAGGUCCUUUUAAAGGUAAAACAAAAUGCUUUGUCAUAACUGAAACUGUUGGGGCUUUUUUAUUUUAUUAUUUUUUUUUUAAUGGUAUCAGAGUGGCUCGUCAAAGGGUGCAGCUAUCCAUCUAUACUUGCUGUUCAUUCAUGCUCAAACAGCUUUUUGUGAAGCUUAGCUGCUAAGACCAGCAAAAGGUAAACUGGGCUGAUAACUGCACUGGUGAAAGAGAUGGAACGUUUCUUGGGCUUUGUGAAGCAGAUAAGAAGAUCGAGAAGAAGAAAAGGCAAAAAGUACCGACCCGAGGAGGAUUACCAUGAGGGCUAUGAGGAUGUCUAUUAUUAUGCUUCAGAGCAUUUUCGAAAUGAGAGUCCCUAUACUAAAUCUGCAAACCAGACAAAACCACCUGAAGGAGCAUUGGCUGUGAGGAGACAAAGCAUCCCAGAGGAAUUCAAGGGCUCAACAAUAGUUGAAUUAAUGAAAAAAGAAGGCACCACCCUAGGGCUUACGGUAUCGGGUGGAAUUGACAAGGAUGGGAAACCACGAGUAUCUAACCUUCGUCAAGGAGGAAUUGCUGCUAGAAGUGACCAGCUGGACGUGGGAGACUACAUCAAAUCUGUGAAUGGAAUCAACCUGACAAAAUUUCGCCAUGAUGAGAUCAUCAGCCUUCUCAAGAACGUUGGCGAGAGGGUUGUUCUAGAAGUGGAGUAUGAGCUCCCUCCAAUCUCUGUACAAGGAUCGGGUGUCAUAUUUAGAACGGUGGAAGUUACUUUACAUAAAGAAGGGAACACUUUUGGGUUUGUAAUACGAGGUGGAGCACAUGAUGACAGAAAUAAAUCUCGUCCUGUUGUAAUAACAUGUGUUAGACCUGGAGGGCCUGCUGACAGAGAGGGCACAAUCAAACCUGGUGACAGGUUGCUGAGUGUUGAUGGAAUUCGACUCCUUGGAACAUCACAUGCUGAAGCCAUGAGUAUUCUGAAACAGUGUGGACAGGAAGCGACUCUGCUGAUAGAAUAUGAUGUCUCAGUAAUGGAUUCGGUAGCAACAGCAUCUGGACCAUUGCUAGUUGAAGUUGCCAAAACUCCUGGUGCUGCUCUUGGGGUUGCACUAACUACCUCGAUGUGCUGCAACAAACAGGUCAUUGUCAUAGACAAAAUCAAAUCUGCAAGUUUUGCAGACAGAUGUGGUGCAUUACACGUAGGAGACCAUAUUCUGUCCAUCGAUGGUACCAGCAUGGAGUAUUGUACAUUGGCAGAAGCAACACAGUUCUUGGCUAAUACAGCAGACAACGUCAAACUUGAGAUCCUUCCUCACCAUCAGACUCGGCUAGCAUUGAAGGGAGCAGAGCAUGUGAAGGUUCAAAGGAGCAACAGGCAACUUACCUGGGAUUCCUGUGCCAACAACCACAGCAGCCUCUUCACCUACCGCCAUUAUAACACCUACCACCCUGACCAUUGCAGGAUGCCAGCCUUGAAAUUCCAGAAAACGCCUCCUCAAAAAAACCUUCCUUUGGUGUCUUCGUCCUUCUCUCCUACCUCCAUGAGUGCAUACAGCCUGAGUUCCCUGAACAUGGGGACCCUACCUCGCAGCCUCUACUCCACCAGCCCACACGGAACAAUGAUGAAGCGGCGAAUGAAAAAGAAGGACUUCAAAAGCUCAUUGUCUUUAGCUUCUAGCACUGUUGGUCUGGCUGGGCAGGUUGUCCACACAGAAACUACAGAAGUAGUGCUAACAGCUGACCCCAUUGUAGGAUUUGGGAUACAGCUCCAAGGUAGCGUGUUUGCCACUGAGACCUUGUCUUCUCCACCUCUGAUUUCAUAUAUUGAGUGUGACAGCCCAGCAGAAAGGUGUGGGGUUCUACAAAUAGGAGACAGACUAAUGGCAAUAAAUGGAAUCCCAACAGAAGACAGCACGUUUGAAGAAGCUAAUCAGCUUCUCCGAGACUCUUCUAUCACCAACAAGGUCACUUUAGAAAUAGAGUUUGAUGUUGCAGAAUCAGUUAUACCAAGUAGUGGAACAUUUCAUGUAAAACUUCCAAAGAAGCAUAACGUGGAGCUUGGCAUCACCAUAAGUUCUCCAUCCAGUAGAAAACCAGGGGACCCCCUUGUUAUUUCUGAUAUAAAGAAGGGAAGUGUUGCUCACAGAACUGGAACGUUAGAACUUGGUGAUAAACUGCUUGCCAUAGAUAACAUUCGACUGGACAACUGCUCCAUGGAAGAUGCUGUUCAGAUCCUUCAACACUGUGAGGACCUUGUAAAACUAAAGAUCCGCAAAGAUGAAGAUAACUCCGAAACCAAUUGCGUCCUCUUGGCAUUUAUUGCAGAUGAACAGGAGAGUUCUGGAGCAAUUAUUUACACUGUAGAGCUCAAGCGUUAUGGUGGUCCACUUGGGAUCACAAUUUCUGGUACUGAAGAGCCCUUUGAUCCAAUAAUCAUCUCAAGUCUUACUAAAGGCGGACUUGCUGAAAGGACAGGUGCAAUUCACAUAGGAGACCGCAUCCUAGCAAUAAAUAGCAGCAGUCUGAAAGGAAAACCUUUGAGUGAAGCCAUACAUUUGUUACAGAUGGCAGGAGAGACUGUCACCUUGAAAAUCAAGAAGCAGACAGAUGCUGCAAGCCCCAAGAAAUUUUCCAUCUCUGGUCACUUAAGUGAGCUGAGUGAUGCUGAAGAUGAAACCUCUUCUACACAGAAACCAGGCAAACUAUCGGACAUUUAUUCUACUACAGUUCCAAGUGUGGAUAGCGCAGUAGAAUCAUGGGAUGGUUCUGGUAUUGAUACCAGCUUUGGAAGCCAAGGUCCCACCUAUCAGGCUUCAGGAUACAACUUCAAUGCAUAUGAAUGGAGGAGUCCUAAGCAAAGAGACAAUUUGUCCCCUCCCAGUAGACCACAAAACCACCCAUUUCAUGACACAGGACUGAGUGAUGAUGAAUGGGACAGACCAACAGCAAGUGGCUUUUCAGGUGCCCACGACAACAGUGAAACUGACCAGGAGGAAAACUUCUGGUCUCAGGCACUGGAGGAUUUAGAGACCUGUGGCCAGUCAGGAAUUCUGAGGGAACUCGAGGACAAGGCUGACAGGCGUCUGUAUUUGAGAAACAUGACUCUCUUGGCAACAAUUAUGUCAGGAAGUACAAUGAGCUUGAAUCAUGAAAAUACACAGCCUCGCAGCCAACUGGGAAGACAAGCCAGUUUCCAGGAAAGAAGCAAUGUGAGGCCACAUUACAGCCAGACUGCCCGCAGUAACACGCUGCCAUCAGACGUGGGGAGAAAGUCUGUGGUUUUGAGAAAAAUUAAACAAGAAAUGAAAGAAAUCAUGUCACCAACGCCUGUUGAAUUACACAAGGUAACUUUGUACAAGGAGUCAGACAUAGAGGACUUUGGAUUCAGUGUCUCAGAUGGUUUGUUGGAAAAAGGCGUAUAUGUUAAAAACAUUAGACCAGCUGGACCUGGGGAUCUAGGUGGUUUGAAGCCAUAUGACAGACUUUUACAGGUAAAUCAUGUUCGUACCAGAGAUUUUGACUGCUGUCUAGUUGUGCCUCUCAUAGCAGAAUCUGGCAAUAAACUGGAAUUGGUUAUUAGCAGAAACCCACUGGCCUCUCAGAAGGUAACCUCAGAUCAACAAACUUUAGCAGGUGGAGAAUGGAAUGACCAAAAUAAUGCCUUCCUUCAACAAACCGGACAUACUGCUAGUGUGGAGACACGAGAUCCUACCAACACAAUAUAGCAACACGUUAUUUUAGUGGGACACUCUGAAAUGAAAGACAGUAUAUGGUGCUAAAUCCCCUUUUCAGAUUUCUUUGACACUUGAGGCACAGAUGUCUUGUGGCAUUAAAAAGCCCAGAGGGUCUGACUAUCCCUCUCAAGGCUUGUGGUAGUUCAUGGAUUACUUUAAAAAUCGAGUUUGGUUUUUAAUGUGAUGGCCACUGAGUGGUGCCAUUCCAAACUAAGCCUGAUGUCAGAAUGAUAUUGAGUAAAGAAAAUGGCUAAUGGCCUUAUUUUUUUUCCUGAAGUAGCAGAAAGGGAGAACUUUAAAAGAGACUGAAUUGCUCCUUCCUGUCUUAACCGCAUCAUUAGUUUUUGACCAGAAAAAAUAGGAUUACUCUCU